UGCUUCAAAAAGAUUGAAAAUAAAUCUAGAGUACCAGAUUCUAAACGCCACAUUUCAUCUGUAUGCAAGGAGGAUCUUAAGCGAUACUGGCAAUAUUGGCUAAAGCCGGGGAAAUUAACCUACCAUACUGUUUGAUGGAAUCUAAGAAGGAAGCUGGUUUGAAGAGAUAAGGAGUUACAAGUACUUAUUAACUUGAUAUUUCAAGACUGCCUUGAUUAGAAAACAACGACAUAUAAAAAAUUAAUAAACCAGGCCCUGCAAAGUGGAGCUGAAAAAUUAAUUGUCAGCGAGUUGCAGAUUCAGACACUGGAAUACCUAUCGAGAUUACCAAUCUAUAUAUUGGAUACGAGAGGAUAUUUGAUCACAUCACGAAACAUAUCAUAAACUAGCUAUAAAAGCAACAGAGUCACAUGGAGUAUGACAGACUAUAAAGUGAAAGAUAAUAAAAAAUGUAGGGAUGCUCUAUAAUUACAUGUUAAGCGUUACCGGAUCGAGGAAUCUUGGCUCAUAAAUAUAUGAAUGACUGUAAAUAUAUUUCCACAUUGCCAACUACAUAUGGAAUAGUCUAUCAUAUCAGUAGAAGGAUUUGAUUGUACAAGCUAAAUUAAGAGAACUCAAUGCGAGAAGUUUAUGAGUGUCGAAAACAUUGAAUUUCAACAGAGCAAGCAAUUGAUGAAGCAAAUGACAAAAAUCAUCAAUAUGCAAUCAACCUUAUAUAGAAAAGAGAACAAAUUGUAAUUGAACCUAUUGAGUUCAAGACUUUAAAAUUUGCGAAGAGAGAUUCAUCUGAUGUAAAGUCAUAUUCAAACAGAAGAAUUGACAGCUUUCGUGAAUCAGGAAAUUAGUACAUUCUGCGUGACUACACAAACAAUCUAAUUGGGACUUUACGGCUCUGUGGUAGUACUACAAUCAAAUCAAGUGAAUUCAAGAAUUAGCAAAUGUGCCAAUAACAUUUAGAUGAUUUAUAUUCUCUACACAAGGGACACAAUAAUUUGACAAAACUCCCCUCGAGUAAUUAUUGAGCACAAUGUCGCACAUAUGGAUAAGAAAUACCAGUGAGAGAAAAGAACCCACAAAUUGUUGAAGCCUCAUCACUGUGGACAGAUAAUUUGAUUGACUUUGUUAUUAGGAUUGUAGGAUCUAAAAUCAUCACCGAAUUUAUGACAUUUGAUUAAAGGUAAUAUAAUCAAUUGAUUUCUUCACAUCUCCAAGCUAAUUAACGACAGCGAGGUAGAUUACUCUAAAAUUGAUCAAUAUAAAAAUGUAAAUAAUUGAUGAUAUAGUUCAGGCAAAAUCUGUAUAAAAUGACAGACCUAAAUUCCAAUUUAAUGAUGAUGAAUCAAUCCAACGAUAACAUGAACACCGACGAUAUAUCAAUCCUUUAUCAAUUAUCAGACAUUGCCAAUCAGACGCUACAGAAUAACUCGCAGGAUAUAGGCAAUAAAUAUUUGGAUGACUUUUAUAUACUACAAAAGAGGCAGCUUGAUUUCCUACAAAGUACCGAAUAUAAAAUAAUAACAAACCUGCAGAUAUAUUUCAAACCAAUAUUAAUAGUCCUUGGAACAAUAGGGAAUAUAUUCACAGCACGAGUGCUUUAUAAACGGUACGUGAAACAGAAUUCCGCCAGUGUAUAUCUUCUCGCUCUCGCAAUUACAAAUACUCUCAUACUUAACUUAAUCAUCGCACCUGAUUGGAUCCAUAUUGUCACGCAAACAAGAUACAUCGCAAACACCUCGGACUGGAUGUGUCGGAUCUGGAAGUUUUAUUCUGAAUUCAUCAAGGCCCUGUGCAUCUGGCUGGUCGUUGCCAUGACAGUGGAUCGAUUUAUCUUCUUGUGGUAUCCGCUGCGAGCUCAGAGCAUAUGCACCGUAUUUAUCGCGAAAGUAACAACGGUACUACUUAUCGUUUUCACUGGAUCCCUAAG